AUGCACAGCCGUAAACACUCGAGAAAUAUUGACUGCACGGAUGCCGUAGUGGACGGCGCAGAAUCGUGGGUAGAACUCAACUCUGGCGGCGGACUGGCCGCCGUAGAGAAUGAGUACAUCAGACUCCUGAGGGAGGCUCAGCGUGAAAGCCGGGACUCCUCCGUGAGACACUCUCGAGCGUCCAGCGUUAAAGGCAGCCCAAAAUCUCCACCCAACAGUCCAAACCUGGAGCCCUCUACUGAAGACGAGCUGAAAGGAGUAUAUAUCAACUGCUGGAGGGAUGACACCAACGACUGGGUGUGGGAAUGGAGCAGCAGACCUGACCAGCAGCCGCCCAAGGACUGGAGAUUUAAACACCCUGUGAGCGCCCGUGGUCCACCUUCCGCCACUUCCUCUAUAGAAGUGUUAGAACAACAACUAGCAGCGCCUGCAAUCCAGCAGAGCCACUGUCUGUCUGUCCGCCGUACGUGCCUCUUCAGCCGGGGGGCGAUUGCAGCUGUUCUGGUCACCAACAUCGUGUCGCUCCUGCUUGGAGCUGGUAUUGGAAUGUGGCUGAGCAAGCGCGGCAUGUUGCCGCCCAGACUGAUUGUGAUCAACUGA